GAGCCAGAAGCCCGCCCCUCGCCGGGGGGAGGGUCCCACCGCCCCCCACCGCCCCCCACCGCCCCUGCUGUCUGCUGGCUUGGGAGUAGGUGCCUGCGCCCUCGCCCUAUGGCCUCGACCUCGGCAUGUUCUCCCUGGGCGCGCUGCGGCUGCGGGGCUUCCCGCUGCGGGGCUCCCCCGGCCGCCUACUUUCCGUCUGCGGCCGCGAAGGAGAAGAAAACCCACCCUCACCUGCAGAAACAAGAUGGAAAGACAGGGCAGAAACAGUGAUAAUUGGAGGUGGCUGCGUUGGUGUGAGUCUGGCUUAUCACUUGGCCAAAGCAGGCAUGAAAGAUGUGGUCCUCCUGGAGAAAUCGGAGCUCACUGCUGGAUCUACCUGGCACGCAGCAGGUUUAACAACUUACUUUCAUCCUGGAAUAAACUUAAAGAAAAUACAUUAUGAUAGCAUCAAACUUUAUGAGAAACUGGAAGAAGAAACCGGACAGGUGGUGGGAUUCCAUCAGCCAGGUAGUAUCAGAAUUGCUACAACUCCUGUAAGGGUAGAUGAAUUUAAAUAUCAAAUGACUCGGACUGGCUGGCAUGCAACGGAACAGUAUAUUAUUGAACCUGAAAAAAUACAAGAGAUGUUUCCUUUACUCAACAUGAAUAAGAUUUUAGCUGGACUGUAUAAUCCUGGAGAUGGUCACAUUGAUCCUUAUUCUCUAACUAUGGCCCUGGCUGCUGGGGCUAGGAAAUAUGGUGCCCUUUUAAAAUAUCCUGCACCAGUGACUUCUUUGAAACCCAAGUCAGAUGGAACAUGGGAUGUUGAAACACCACAGGGAUCUAUGAGAGCAAAUAGAAUUGUGAAUGCUGCAGGGUUUUGGGCUCGUGAAGUAGGUAAGAUGAUUGGACUAGAACAUCCCCUCAUUCCAGUUCAGCAUCAGUAUGUUGUCACAUCGACCAUCCCUGAAGUGAAAGCUUUAAAGCGAGAACUCCCGGUGCUCCGUGACCUGGAAGGAUCUUAUUACCUCCGACAGGAAAGGGAUGGGCUUUUGUUUGGUCCAUAUGAAAGUCAAGAGAAAAUGAAAGUUCAGGACUCAUGGGUCACCAAUGGAGUUCCUCCAGGGUUUGGAAAGGAGCUCUUUGAGUCUGAUCUAGACCGAAUCAUGGAACACGUCGAGGCUGCCAUGGAAAUGGUUCCAGUCUUGAAGAAGGCUGACAUCAUCAAUAUUGUCAAUGGUCCUAUCACCUAUUCUCCUGACAUUCUGCCUAUGGUAGGGCCCCAUCAGGGGGUCAGAAACUACUGGGUGGCUAUAGGCUUUGGGUAUGGCAUAAUCCAUGCUGGUGGGGUAGGGAAAUAUCUCAGUGACUGGAUCCUGCACGGAGAGCCUCCUUUUGAUCUGAUAGAAUUGGAUCCCAAUCGCUAUGGCAAGUGGACAACAACUCAGUUCACCGAGGCCAAAGCAAGAGAGUCGUAUGGAUUCAACAAUAUUGUUGGUUACCCUAAAGAAGAACGGUUUGCCGGGAGGCCAACUCAGCGAGUCAGUGGGCUUUAUAAAACCCUGGAGUCCAAGUGUUCCAUGGGGUUCCAUGCAGGCUGGGAGCAGCCACACUGGUUCUAUCAACCAGGCCAGGACACUGGGUACAGGCCAAGUUUUCGCCGCACAAACUGGUUUGAUCCUGUGGGCUCUGAGUAUAAACAGGUUAUGCAAAGAGUAGGGGUGAUUGACCUGUCACCAUUUGGCAAGUUUAACAUCAAAGGUCAAGACUCCAUUAGAUUGUUGGACCACCUCUUUGCAAAUGUCAUUCCCAAGGUGGGUUUUACAAAUAUAAGUCACAUGUUAACACCAAAAGGUCAAGUAUAUGCUGAGUUGACAGUUUCUCACCAGUCUCCUGGGGAGUUUCUAUUAAUAACUGGUUCUGGAUCAGAACUUCAUGAUCUUAGAUGGAUUGAAGAAGAGGCUGUCAAAGGUGGAUAUGAUGUUGAAAUUAAAAACAUAACCGAUGAGCUUGGAGUCCUUGGCAUCGCAGGGCCACAUGCAAGAAAGGUCCUUCAGAAACUGACCUCUGAAGAUCUUAGUGAUGGUGUUUUCAAGUUUCUUCAGACCAAGUCUUUAAAGGUUUCCAACAUUCCUGUCACUGCUAUCAGGAUAUCUUAUACUGGUGAGCUGGGUUGGGAGCUGUACCACAGACGAGAAGAUUCUGCGGCACUUUAUGACGUUAUCAUGAAUGCAGGCCAGGAAGAGGGAAUUGACAAUUUUGGAACCUAUGCCAUGAAUGCCUUAAGACUGGAGAAAGCUUUCAGAGCCUGGGGGUCAGAGAUGAACUGUGAUACAAAUCCCCUGGAAGCGGGACUGGGAUAUUUUGUAAAGCUAAAUAAGCCAGCAGACUUCAUAGGAAAGCAAGCACUGAAACAGAUUAAAGCCAAGGGGCUGAAACGGAGACUGGUCUGCCUCACCUUGGCAACGGACGAUGUUGAUCCGGAGGGAAAUGAAAGCAUCUGGUGUGGUGGCAAGGGUCUUGUUUUUCAGGUGGUUGGCAACACGACCUCCGGAAGCUACAGUUACAGCAUCCAGAAGAGUCUGGCUUUCGCGUAUGUCCCUGUAGAGCUAAGUAAAGUGGGACAACAAGUGGAAGUUGAAUUAUUAGGCAAAAAUUACUCAGCAACCGUCAUACAAGAACCCUUGGUGUUGACGGAACCAAUCAGAAACAAGCUUCAGAAAAAAGGUGGAAAGGACAAAAUUUGAAAAGACUUUGAGAAGGCAACUGAAUUAUGGUUGCUAUGUGAUUGUAUUGAAAAUGAUAACUGAUUUGCUGGGGAAUAGGGGAAACCAAAAAUUUAUUUCAAAAUCAUCAGAAUCUUAAAACCAUUCUCUUGUUUCCUAAGCAAUAUAGAAUAAUGGAUGAGUGAUUUACAUUGUUCUUUCAGAUGAAGAAAUUUGAAGCUAAUGUUUUUACUAUUCUAUAUUGUUGUUUACGAAACUCGGCAAAACAUUUAAGUGUUUGCUAACAUACCAUCAUUAUUACAACUGAAGUAGAAAACAUUAUAUAAUUUUAGAAACAUUUGUAUGUGGUUCUUGUUAGCUGAAAACAAAUUAUGUUUUGUUUUGUUUUUUUUACAAAUUAUGUUUUACAUAAAGACAAAAGCAGUAUUGUUGAUGGAUUUACUUCAUUGAAAAAUACUAGUUGAAUAAGGGAUCAUUUUAAUUUUUCAUAAUAUAUCUAGGAAGAAAAUAGUAAAAUUUAAUAUUGGUAUAUGUAACAUUUUUAUUCAAUUCCUUGAAAUAUUUACUUUCUUAAUGUCUUCCCUGAAAGCAGUUUUAUGGGAUGUCAUUAUUGUCCUUUCAAAGGUUGUUUUAGAAGAGAAAUUGCAAAAGAGGACAGUCUUCCAAAGGAAACGGUACUUGUAAACCUUCUGAGAUGAAGCCGAAACAUAAAUUGUGCCAGUACAAACACAGUCUGAAUACUGAACACCUCUCUUUGGGAAAGAAUUAAUGCAAGUUGACAUCACAUUGUGCCGUUCUGAAUAUCAUUUCACAAACAUUUGACAAAGCAGGUCAAACAAGAGCUUUAAAAGCUGACAGGAUUGCCCUUAACAUUGUGUACAGCAAGGAAAAAAAGCCAUUUAGAAAUUAUUCUUUGAUGUACCUCUUGAAAUUAUUUGGGUUUAGUUGACAGAAUAAAUCAAAUUUUUCAUAAAAGGUAGUUUGUCAUUUAUCAUUUGUUCUACACACACACUUGCUGCCUAGGAAAAGUUCAGUAAAUAGGUAUUAAAGAAGCUGAAUGUGAAGCAUAAUAAGAUUCUAUAGUUAGAGUAGAUUUUAAAAUAAUGUCUUAACUUGUAAGUUUUGAAAACAUGCCAAAUUUACAUUUAAAUGUUUUAUAAAAGUAAUCAUGUAUCAGCACUCUUCAGCAUGCCAUUCAUUUAUCUUUGGUAUCUCCUCUUACAUGAGAAAUGAAGGAAAUCUUUUUGGUAACAAACAUUUGCUAAUUAUUAAGAAUGUUAUCCAGACCCUCUCUCCCAGUUCUGGUAUAGGGUAUAGGUGCUUUUCAUUCUCCGCCUCUCUGUAGCCCAAUUGUUAAUUGUGUUAAAACUAAUGAAAGAAUUGAGAAAAUAUAAUGCUACAUCAGUGGCACAAUUUACUAGUUACCUAAGUUGUAACUUUUCAGUAACUAGUUACUGGAAAAUUAUUUACAUAAAAUAUUAUUAUAGCAGACUCUAAUCAAAGGAACAGUACUCAGAACUUGUGGAGAAGGCAAUUGACAAUGCAAAAACAAAUCUAAAGAAAUGGUCAUUUAUUUUAAAAAGUCAAAUUUUAAAGAAUGCCAGGAGAAACAACAAAAGAUGCUGAUCUUACAUUGCUAGAAGAAAUCAGUAAAGCAGUAUUUGAAUGCCUUCAUCUUUUUCACCAAUAAUUGGGCACUUGUUCUAAAGCAAUAGAUCAAAUAACGUCAGAGUUUGUUACCAUUCAGCCACUUUCUCUGAUUUUUAGCAGAUGAAGAAAAACUUCAGAAGUUUUUACUGUAUGUAAUAGAAAUGUAUGAUGAAUUUUCUGAUGAAGAUAUUUUAGUGGAAACUUUUUAACUAUAGACAUGUUUGAAAGCCACUAUAAUUGUUCCCAAAGAACCAAAGGCAGUAUUGCAAUUCCUGCAGUUUGUUGUGAAAGAUUUUUAUGAAUUUCUGCCAAACUUGUCAUUAUGUUAAAGUCCUUUCCUAGUUGUUUUUACAUCUGUUGCUCAGGUAAAAGAAACUUUUGAAAUUAAAAGCUUAAAAAAUGUUCUUCUAUCAACUUUGUGCAAAGAUAACUGGAUAAAUCUGCCUAUACUGUCUGGUAAAUAUUAAUAUGCAAAGAAAAAAUUCAGUGAAGUCACUGCAAAGCUUAAAAACAGAAAAGGUUUAUUAUUCACAGGCAACAGACCACUUUAUUACAAUAGACCAAUUUGUGGGUAUAAAUAUUUUCCUUUUUCAAAACUACUUAAUAUAAUUUAAAAAUAUUAACCCCUUGCUUUUUCAUACUAUAACAUUUAUUUUAUUUCUAUUUUUCUUAUUUAUUACUGGCAUGACUAUAUAUUCAAAGUUAAUAGAAACUUGUCACUCUUUGCAUUUCUUUUCUGGUUGUUAUUUCAUUUUGCAAUUAUUACUAAAAAUAAUUGUGUCAUGUAAAAGGGGCAGAGAAUCAUUAAAAAAUGGUCAUCCAGGGUGGCUUCUUCGCUCACAAGUCUGGCACCUCACUAAGGUUGAUGGCAACACCUGGGGCUGGCAGGGCACCUCUCUCCAUGUGGCCUCACUGUGUGACUAACUUGCCAGGUAGUUCAGAGGAGGGAACUUAACAUGGAGAACCAGCGAGGGAUGCCAGCUGCCAAGCUGACACUAGGACCAUACAGGGAGGGGCUGCUAGUGGGAGCAGGAACCAUAGAAGAGAUGUAUCCACACCGGUGAAGAUGCUGCCCGAAGCAGACAGAAGGGAAGAAACACCCUGGCUUGUUUCUUCCUUCCACCUUCCAGUCUCUCACAAGUGCCUCCCACUGGAUGAACCUAGCUGGGAGCCUGGGAUAUGUAGUUUGUAGGGUUUGGCCCACCUGUGAUACAGAGCAGAGAAAAGAAAGAUCAUGAAAUGGAUCGCAUCGCAAAGGACAAUGACUGGCAUACAACACCAGCGUUCUGUUCAGCCCUGGCCAAAGGGUCAAGAGGUGCAAACAUGGCUACUAGCAUGGAAGGAGGUUGUGGGAUGGGCUAACACAUUUAAAAGGGCUACUUACAUUAUAAUUUUUAAAAAGCAUGGUGUAUGGACUUCCCUGAUGGCACAGUGAUUAAGAAUCCACCUGCCAAUGCAGGGGACAUGAGUUCGAGCCCUGGUCCGGGAAGAUCCCACAUGCCGUGGAGCAACUAAGCCCGUGUGCCACAACUACUGAGCCUGCGCUCUAGAGCCCGCGAGCCACAGCUACUGAGCCCACGUGCCACAACUACUGAAGCCUGCACGCCUAGAGCCCGUGCUCUGCAACAAGAGAAGCCACUGCAAUGAGAAGCCUGUGCACCGGAAUGAAGAGUAGCCCCCGCUUGCCACAACUAGAGAAAGCCCGCACGCAGCAAUGAAGACCCAACACAGCCAAAAAAAUAAAUAAUAAAUAAAUUUUUUUAAAAAGCAUGGUGUAUUACAAUACACAACGUGCUAUUAUUUAGGUUCAAAUUGGAAAAAAUGUGAACAUUUAAAUUGCAUUUAUAUAUUAUAGACUAUCUCUGGAAGAGUAACACUAGUAUUUCUGGGGAGGGGUUGAAAUUUACUUUUCACUGUAUGCCUUUUUAGAUUUAUUUAAAUUAUGUACAUGUUUCACUUUUUAAAAGACCAUAUAUAGUGCUUUCUUACCUAGUAAAAGUAGGUUCUUAUUUUUUGGUCAUAUAAUGUGACCCUCUAUUUUUUAAUAUUCACAUUGGUUUGAGAUAUUUAAGGAUGGCUGGAAAGAGUUGGCUUAGAACCGCUUAAGAAAUUGGUAUACAAUAUAAAAAAAUUCAAUACAGAUAAAGUGAAUGCAAUUCAGUUGUUGUAUAUAAUAAAUAUUGUGUGAACACUAAGGCUCAGGCUGGGUGAAAGCUGAGGCUAAGGAAAAAAGAUACAAGACAAAAUGCAAUACCAGCAUCCUGUUUCUUGAUCAGGAUGGUGGUUACAUGAGUCUGUUCACUUUGUGAGAAUUCAUUGACCUAUGUACACUUCUGUGCACUGUCUUAAGCACACAGAAAAUGCUAUGUCAAAAUCUUUUUUAUACAAAUGGUAGUAUUUUCCACUAUCUACUCUCAUCUAGUUGGUUUUGAGGAGGUAGGAGGUGAUAAGCAACGGGCAAGAUGAGGGGAUCAAAGGAGUUUCGAGUUGGCCAUAGCUGUUUUUAGCCAGACUCUCAAUUUCAGAAAUAGGGAGAAUUUUCAGAGCUAAAAGAAAUCUUUCUUCUUUUUUUAAAUUGAUCCUUUUCCUCUCAAUACACACACGUACACUAACACACAAAACAAAACAAACAAUAAACUGAAGGUGCUUCUUAGAGAAAAUUACCUUCCUAUGUGCUUGGAGACUUGAUGAUUCUUAAUGCCUUGGCAGUAGUUAGCACUGAUAGCAGUUAAUGCAUAUAACUGAUGCAUGUAACUACUGCCAACUUAUACACUCAUCUCUAAGUCCAGUAUGUGACCUUACAAGCCUUUAAGAAGACUCUCACCCCCUCACUUAGAUAUGGUAGAAACAAACCCAUCCCAGAUCAAUUUUCAAAACUAAAUAUAUUUUGAAACUAAUUUAAUAGCUGACAUCUAAAAUAACAAAGUAUGGCUAUUCUUUCUGAUAUUCAAGUCUAUCUCCUUCUGGACUAUUCAAGGUAGUAUGGGGCAAUGAGUAACACCAACCACAAUUAACCACAUUUCGUUAGUAAACUUUAGUUUUUCUCUCUGAAGAAAGACCUCUUGCCAUUCUUAUCUCUACCCCAACGGUUAAACCUUUAGAGAUAACAUAUUUAAAAUGUUUAGCCUUUGUAUACAAAGUUUAUCAUAUUCAAAGGCACUGAAACCAAACAGGUUGAGACAAGCAUUGAAACACAGGUAUCAUGACUUCUGAGCAUAGCUUAUAGCCAGUUAGCACCAUGACAAGAACCUGAGUCUCUGCAAACCAGAGAAAUAAAGAAGUACAACAAAAGCAUCUAUGAUUUUCUCAGUGUAUGGCCUUCGGGCUUUACAACCAUGUUCACUGGGGGAUAUUUAUUCUUAGCACUCUGUUCUAACUUAAAGUGCAUUUUACUUUUUGUUUAAAUGUAAAUUAUGUUAUUACAAAAUUGUUAAUAAUAAUACUAUUAGAAACAGAUAAUAUAUGCUCAGAGUUUAAAAUUUAGGUGUAAGGGAUAUAUUGUGAAAGUCAGUUUCUCUCCUAUCCCUGUCUGCAGUCAAUCAGCCUAUCCAAAGACAACCAAUGUUAUCAUUUCUUCUGUAUCCUUCUUGAGAUUCUCUGUAAGUAUGUAAGCAUUUCUCUCUCUCAGUAUACGAAUAUAUGUGUGUAUAUGUACAUACAUAUGUAUAUAUACACACAUUUAUGCAUGUCAUUUUAAACAAAUGAAAACAUACCAAGCAUAAUGUUCUUUGCCUAACUUAAAAAAAUUAACAAUAUAUCUUGAAGAUUAUUCCAUAUCAUCCUUUUAAAACAAUUAUUUUGACCAGGCCCCACUAUUUACCUUUUUCUAAUAAAAAAAUAAGGCCAAAAUGAAUAUCUUGAUGCAUAUGAUGUUUCUGACACUGAGUACAUCUGAAGGAUAAGUUCCUACAACUGGAACUGCAGGAUUAAAGUGUAUGUGUGUUCUGGUAGACAUGCAGAAUUCUUCCCCGUAGAGGUUGUGCCACAUUUCACUUGUGGUUAGUGUAUGAGGGCUUACUUGACCCAAACAGUAAGUUCUCACGAGUGUCAGUGGUAUGUUAUUGAAGUUGCAACCUGUAUUUCUCAC